AUGUUAGAAGCCCUCUGUGGGAAGGAGAAGUGCACACCAAACAUGCAUCUUCAUGGCCAUUUUAAGGAUUGCAUACUUGAUUAUGGACCUGUUUUCCCUUUUUGGUGCUUCUCAUUUGAGAGGUACAAUGGAAUUAUGGGAGAUUACCAUACAAACAAUGUCAAUAUUGGUAGGUAUUAAACUCUUCUCUAAUAAAUUUUAAGAAAUGAAAAUUAAUUCUUUCAAACUGGUGUUCCCUUUCUUGACAUUUUGAUAGAAUGCAAUCAUGCCAUAUUCUUUGAAAUAAAAAAAAAAUUAUGUGAACACUCAAACCUCCAUAUUCAAACAUAUAUGUACAUGUAUACAUGUUACAUAAAUGUAAAAGUUUAAAGCAGAUGGGCCAUUUGGUCUGUGGCAACAAAGCACUUAUACAGUGUAGUAGCAAAACUCAUUAGCUUUUGACCUGACCUGAAUGACUGACCGACUGAAUGACUGACUGUCAAAUUAAAAUCAAAUAAUAAUAAGCCCACAAAAAUAUCACAUAAUUUUUUAUUAUUAUCCAAAUUUUAUGCCGGACUUUCAAUUUUAACCUUGCACCUGCCAGAGGCCUGAUACCUUGUUUGUGGCAUGUUGCUUUGUGUAAGCCUUUGCAUAAUGCCUAGAUGUAUUAGAAUACAUUAUGAACCAUAUGUUAACUGGUGUUCAUUUUAUUAUCCCCAGGAGUUCAAAUUAUAUUUCCAGGAGGCAUGGAAGAGUUCCAGCAACUUAUGGAUUGUGAAGGCAAGCAAAAGGGAACUUUACUAGAAGCAAGUGUCCGUGUCCAGCAGUUCUGCAACAUGGUUGAAUCUGAAACUGGCAGUCCAGUGAAUGUUAACCUUAGUAAAACUGAGACUCAAGUACCACUACCACCAAUCAAAAGGGGAUGCAAUUGA